AUGUUUAAAUGGGCAGUUGUAAACUGGGAGAUGGCCAAAGAAAGCAUGUGCAUUAACGACGCCGCUGCUGCAUCCCGCCCGGAACUGUCAGUCUCCAAGCAUUUCUCCUACGACUUCGACAUGUUUGGGUUGGCUUCCUACGGCCCUUACUGGCGGGAAAUGCGUAAAAUAACUCACCUCGAGCUCCUCUCGAACCCACGUGUCCAAGAGGUUAAGAACAUCAUGUUUGGUGAAGUCGACGUGUCGUUGACAGAGCUGCACGCGAGAUGGGCCGCCCAAAGGAACGAAUCGGGCCAGAUACCGGUGGAGUUGAAGGGUUGGUUCGGGGAUGUGGUUGUGAAUAUGCUUCUGAAGAUCAUUAACGGAAAACGAUGUGUUGGCCCGAAUGCGUUGGGAGGAGAAGCAGAGGCAAAAGAGUUGCAGGUGGCGAUUAGGGAGUCGUUCCGUUUGAUGGGCCAAGGAAUAUUGAGGGACUUCAUUCCUGUGGUUGCACAGUUGGGAUUUGACGGACAAGUGAAGGCCAUGGAGAAAAUAGCCAAAAGAAUUGAUGCCAUUCUUGAAGGAUGGCUGCAGGACCACAAGAAAAGCAGAGCUUCUGGUUUGGCUCAAAAAAAUGGUCGCUUUAUGGAUUCUCUCCUCUCCUUAUAUGAUGGCAACGAGCUUCCAAGUCAGUACAAUGGCGAUAUCAUUACCAAAGCCACAACUUUGAAUGUGAUUGCUGGUGGAAUUGAAAGCAGCGCAAUGACUCUAACAUGGGUGAUGUCAUUACUGUUGAACAAUCCGCAUGCCCUGGAAAAGGCAUAUCAAGAGCUGGAUGCGGUGGUGGGAAGAGAUAGGCGAGUGAACGAGUCCGACAUAUUCAAGCUCAAUUACCUACAGGCUAUAAUUAAGGAAACGAUGCGACUAUACCCAGCAGGGCCUCUAUUGGGUCCCCGUGAAUUCUAUAAGGAUUGUGUCGUGGGUGGCUAUUUUGUUCCCAAAGGUACUCAGCUGAUUCCAAACAUAUGGAAGAUCCAAACAGACCCACGAGUGUGGCCCGAUCCGCUUAAAUUCAAGCCGGAGCGGUUUCUAACGACCCACAAGGAUGUGGAUGUGAAAGGAAAUGAUUUCGAGUUGAUUCCGUUUGGGAGCGGACAGAGAGGGUGUCCUGGAGUCGCAUUUGGCCUUCAAAUGGUGCACUUUGCUUUGGCUGGGUUUUUACAGUUUUUUGAUGUGAAAAACCUAACGGGCAACACGAUUGAUAUGUCGGAGGCUUUUGGAAUGGCAAACGAGAAAAUUUUGCCUCUCAAUGUUAUGGUCACCCCACGGUUGCCUUCUCCCCUUCAUACCCUAAUAUAGUUAUUUCGAUAUAGAAAGAUUUAUUAUGUAUGGCCAAGAUGGUAGAAAUAUUUAAUAUUAUCUUAGGAAUGUUA